AUGAUCAGCAUUCUCGCUCAGGAGCGUCUUCUCGGUGCCACGCUGGGUAGUGCCUUGACCGGAUUCGUCAUUUUGGAGCAGCGUAAACGCAUCCAUGAAUCCGUCGCUGAUCCUAAAUCUCAGUCCCUCGAUCAAUCUCAGGUGGUGAGAGACCGCAUAUUCGGGAAGAAAUAUCGAACGGAGUUUGAAUCUCUGUGGAACAAAGCUGUGAAUCAGACCUUUGAACCUGCUAUUGCAUAUCUUAGUUCACGUAAAUGGUAG